AUGCCCGCGAACAAAAGCGUCAAAAAAGCCCUCUCGCUAAUCGAGGCCGACGCCACUAAAGUGCUUGGCCUGAAUGUCGGCCAACACAGGGAUGUCCAACCGGGCCAGUACAUCCCCCGAGCGGAAGCUCAAUCCCCGCCGGAACUCUCCUUCAGUGGCCUCUCGCCAAGCACGACUUACAUGGUCAUCGGCCUCGACAUCGACGCCCCCUUCCCUUCCUUCGGCGUCCUCGGCCCCAUCCUGCACUGGAUCCAGCCGGAUUUGCAGCCCACUGCAUCAGAAACUGAUUCGAGUGUCCACGUUUUGAAAGUCACGGCCCCGUUCGUGGCGAACUACAUCGGUCCCGCCCCGCCCCCCGGCAGCUCCCCGCAUCGUUAUAUCUUCUUCCUGUACGAGCAGCCGCCGACCUUUGAGGGAAAGAAGUACGCCCCGCCGGGUGGGCAGAAGCUGGGGAAUAUGCAUCGGAUGCGGCUCGGGUGGUAUCGAGGGGGAGCGCGUUGAAGGGGUGGCGGUGCACAACAUAGCUUCACACUCAGCGGAAAUAGUUUGCGUGCGGCGGGAUCUCGGAAAUCGAC